AAUGCUCCUACCAAGGAACCUGAAGAGCCAGCUAUGUUACAUCUUGUAACCAGAAUUAAAACUGUUAAAUAUAGACCCUAUUGGGAGAAAGAAACUAUUCAACGCUUAAAACUGUUUGUGUUCAAAAACACCCCCGAUAUGAAUGCAAUGCUGAAAUCUGUCCAACAUCUUUUGGAAAUACGACCUGUUUCAUUUCCUCAUGGCCUUCCAAAAAGCGAGGAAGAUUAUGAACACUGUCUUUUAAGGGAAAAUGGUGAAUUUGUAGUCAAACACAAAAUUUUACCU